AUGCCCUACGCCCUAAAGAAAAAAAAACGUCGCUCCAGCCUCUUCUCGUUUGUUCUCCUUCUUCUUCUCGCAUCCUUCCCAUCGAUCAACUUGCUGAAGACCGGCUCCAACCUCUGCUGCCCCUCCAUCGUCGGUCGCGUUUCCCCUUCAAUCACCGAUCGCCACUGUUGCUGCCAUCAUCUUCACGUGCGAUCUUUGCUGCCCUCGGUUCAUCAGGGACAUCCUAAAGCCGCUUCUUUGAAAACCGUCCCAUUAUUGUUUCCAGAGCUUUGUGCAGAACUCUUUGAUGGAAACAGUGCAUCUGGUAAUCUCAGCUAUGCCACAUCCCAAACACCAUCAGGACAUGGAUCAUCUUCUUUCCAUGGCGCACCACUACAACUUAUGGACGCCCCUUCCAUUAACAUAGAUGAGGAUGAUUUCUUUUCCAAUCAUACUAGUGAGCAUUUUACUCAGCCUCCACCUUCUGCUGCUUCACCUUCUGCUGAUUCACCUUCUGCUGCCUCACCUUCUGGUAACCCUAACAAAAGGGCUAAAACAUCAACUCCUAGACCUCGAGCUCCUAGUGCCUCACCUGAUCCACCUUCUUGUGCCUCGCCUAAAGCUUCUAUUACUGCUGAUGAUUUAGCAUUGGAGAUGCAAAAAGCUCUACGCCAUUUGACUCAAGGGCCAACAAUUCCCCAAUGUUUAGAGAAGCUUGAGUUGCUCGAGUUAGACCCAGUAGACCCUCUAUGA